AUGUUCGAGGAUUACAAUCAGUGCAUUGAAGUCGCAUCAAAAUUGAAAAACAUUUAGAUAAUUGAGGAUCAGAUAGAAAACCCAAAUGAUGAACUAGCACAAAUAAAUAUUGAAGAGGCAAUUCAGCAGUAAAGAAUUGAAAAAAUGAUGGAGAUAUAAAAUAUACCAUCCGAAAAUAAUAAUGUUGACCAAAUUAACCAGUUAUCCACAUCAGUAAUUUUACUGAAUCAAAAUAAAUAGUCACCAAUUGAAUCUCUAAUGGAAUUCAGUAAGCAUUAUAAUGCUUAGAAGGCCUCCAAGAAAGAACUUUGUCAUGAUCAUAAUCUUAGAAAGACCAGCUUCUGUAUAGAUUGCAAGCUUUAUAUUUGCGACCGAUGUUUACCGAUGUCUUCUCAUGCUAAUCAUAAUACGAAGCAUCUAUCACUAAUGGCUCAUCAAGUUCUAGAAACAGUACGGAGAGAAUAGACUGCCUUCGAGGAAAAUUUAAGUCAGCUUUAAGAAGUGAACCCCUCUUUAUGGUAAUCUCGCAUUCGAACUCAAUUGAUCUAGUUAUUUGAGAGCUUUUAGGAAAAGAUUAAUUUACUUAAGUAAUAAGCAUUCAAGUAGCUUAACGCUGUAAUAAAAUCAAUGAAUUUCCCAAGUUUUGUUUAAGAUAUAGAGUAGCUGCAACAGAGUAGAGAAAUUCUAAAGAAAUAGUUCGACACUCUUUAAAAUGCAUUUAACAAUAAUUUUUUCAGCCAAAUUGCUCAGAGACAAAAGCACUAUCGAUCAUAUAUAGAAUCCUUAGAAAUCCUUAAUAUUCAAAGUCUAAAUUUGAGAUAACUUGUUGAGCAUAAAUCAAUGUACAUACAAUCCAUAUCCAAAGACUUAAAGAGUCUUAAAGCCAAGCUAUAAGAUGCUAUCAAAUAAAUGUCUAAGGAUGACUUAUCUAAUGAUUAAGAGCUACUUAGAGUUCAAUAGUAAGAUGUGCCAUAGACUUAAUGUGUAUCACCAUUCCUUGUUUAUAUAAGGGAAAGGGAAAAAAUUGUAAAGAAACAGUAUCCAACAUUUUCAUAUCUUGAAGUAGUAGCAUAUCUUUAGAACUAAUGGUAAAAGGAGGAAAAUCAAAUGCGAUAUUUGUAUGAGAAAAAGGCUGAAAAGAUAUCAGAGGAAUAGAAUAUGAGAUACAUUCCACCCAGCUUAAACAGCUAAAAAGGUUAAAAUGAUGCAACUGAGAAAUAACAAUCGAUUGUGAAUAUAAAUGGGGUGAAAAGGGUGUUCAAUAUUAUAUAUUGCAGCAAGCUUUCUAGUUUGUAAGAUAAUCCCUUGAACCAUAGUCAAGUUAUUGAGGGAGAAGGUGUUUAGACUACAAUGCAAACUGAUCUUAGAAGGGAAAAUAUCAAGAGAAAACUCAAGUAAAACCAGAAAUAUGAAUAAAUUUUGAACAAAGAGUUAAAGCAAUAACAUCUAAAGCAAUAAUAAAAAUAUUUGCAGUAGUUACAGCAGAAUUAAUAGCCAACAAGAAUGCUAGAAGACAGGAAAGAGAAGAAAAAGAGGCUCGAUUCAUAGCGAAACAACCAUAUAAGAGACAUGGAUAAAGUGCUAAAAUACUGCAAGGUGUUCAAGCCAAAACCUUACAUACAUCUAUGA